AUGGGUAGCAGCCAAGCGGCAGUCUCAUUCCUCACCACCAUCGCACGCGCCGCAUUCGGCCUUGGCCUCGGCGCCACUGUUCUCAACUCCUCCCUCUACACCGUAGACGGUGGCCAACGCGCCGUCCUCUUCGACAGAUUCCGUGGAGUAAUCGACGACACCGUCGGCGAAGGGACCCACUUCCUGAUCCCAUGGCUCCAAAAGCCCUACAUCUUCGACAUUCGCACUCGUCCCCACACAUUCUCCUCCAUUUCAGGCACGAAGGAUCUCCAAAUGGUCAAUCUCACCCUUCGUGUCCUCUCUCGUCCCGAGGAGUCUCGUCUUCCAGACAUAUUCAAAACCCUGGGGCUCGAAUACGAUGAGAAAGUCCUCCCUUCGAUCGGCAACGAAGUCCUCAAAGCUGUGGUUGCUCAAUUCAACGCCGAUCAAUUGCUCACUGAGCGUCCUCAGGUCUCAGCUUUGGUUCGCGAGAGUUUGGUUCGAAGAGCCAAAGACUUCAACAUUAUGCUUGAUGAUGUGGCGAUUACGCAUUUGUCGUACGGAGCGGAGUUCUCGAAGGCCGUGGAGCAGAAGCAGGUGGCGCAGCAGGAGGCGGAGCGGUCGAAGUUUAUUGUGAUGAAGGCAGAGCAGGAGCGGCGCGCGGCGAUUAUUAGGGCUGAAGGAGAAAGUGAGUCUGCGAAGCUGAUUUCGGACGCGACUUCGUCCGCUGGAAUGGGUUUGAUUGAGCUUAGGAGGAUUGAGGCUUCGAGGGAGAUUGCUUCCACACUGGCCAAGACUCCCAAUGUGGUAUACCUGCCUAAGGACAACAACAUGCUUCUGGGCCUUAAUCCCAUGGUCGGCCGUUGA